AGAACACUAGCCGCUCCACGGGGAGCGGCUUCUAUGUAAUGCGACAAUCUAUUGCAACGUAUGUAUUGCCCUGCAAAGUUUCAUUGAAAGCAGUCCGGCAAUGGCGUAUUCGCCGUCUGACAGUUCGGGGCGUCGGAACAGCUCCAUCAGUCCAGUCAUCAGCAACUACGUGCUGACGCCCGAGGAGACACGACGCCCCUCUCGGCUGCCUAACAGCGCUUCGUCGCCGAAAAAGCUGAGGAAACGGUCGAGUCCACUAAUCCACCAUUACCGCCUCGCUACCACCGACAGCCCAAUCCGUCUCCGUCGCUGUGCGUCCGUUAAGAAGCACGGGAGCCGCUUUCCACGAUCAGUGUCAUUCCACGCACCCGUGCGGCUCAGAACUGUGAGCGAGAGCGACGUCAAGAUAUCCUCAGUAACACCCCCGCCACCGGUUGACCGCUCCGCCGAGUACCGCGUAUUCUUGGUGUCUAUGACAGCCGUGACACUCGCUUUCACCGUUUUGCAGCCGCUCGUGCUCUUCCACUUCUUGGUGCAGUGCCAGGAACCGCGCUGUUACAAGCCAGCUAUAGCUAUCCGCGAAUCAAUAGAGCCGUCAAUUGCGCCCUGCCACGACUUCUACAAGUACGCCUGCAGCGGAGCUGAUUCGAAUCACUACGCCAAGGCUCGCGACUCAGUAAGCAUCUCUGUGCUUCAUUCGAUAUCAGCGUUACCCACCACGUCCGGUCAAAGCAGCGUCGAGAAGGCUGCCAUACUACUUAGGAACUGCAUGAAACUGGUACAUGAGAGGCCCGAGGAUAUCGACAAGAUCAAGACUGUGCUUAGCGCGGGCGGCUUCACGUUUCCGCAGAUGCCUACGACGUCGGUUUACUUCAUCGUUCGCGGCAUCGUGGACAUCAACCUCAACAUCGGCAUCGGGCCCUUGUUCAGGCUCACCGCUGGUCACAAUCUUCGCCUUGGCCGAGGCUAUAUGCUGUACUUUGCGCCAAGUUACCACAUAGUCCCUUUCGUCAAGUUUCUCCAGCAGCUUCAGUUGGCCAACACUCUCGACGUGUACGUCAGACGCUGCGCCGAAGUAAUAGGUGAACGUGGCAUGUCCUACUCGCGCGUCAUCCGGGCUAUACAGACUGUAAACAGACAGUUUUCUCACCUGCCAGAAAACGAUGCGUUAAACGCGCAAGUUAAAAUGAGCAGCCAGUAUCCACUUACAGAGUUUUGGUUUUCGCUUUCCAAAAUCCUUGGCAAAAAGUUUCAGUCGCUGCAAAACGUGCGUACGACGUGCUUAGUCGUUGACGGCGAGUACGCAGAGUUCCUGUCGCAAAAUGUGUUCGCGUCGCUAGAUCCUAUCAAGAUUUCAGCCUAUGUGGGCCUUUACAUCGUGUGGUUCCUGAGCCGCUUGGCGUCCUACAGUCUCGCGUACAGCACCACCGUCGCCAACUACACGGACAGCUUGAAGGACCUGUGGCCACGUUGCUUCAGUGACGUCCGCCAGUUGAUGCCGUUUGCUGCCGAAAGGUUGUACCUGAAGGAUCACUUGGAGCGCAGCGACAUUGAGCAUGUCCAAGACAUGGUGCAGCGUAUUUCCCAUUCGGCUAGAAACUUCGUCACUUCACUGCAUAAUGCUAGCCAGGGCAGCGAGACUAGGAUGGUGACCAAGAUAGAGGCCUUGCGAGUGAUACCGUAUACCUUUACUACGACGAAUGACAUCGUCGAACUGGACCGGUUGUACGCGCACGUGCCGGAUCAGAAGGAUGCCAACUAUCUGGAUAACUAUCUGCACUUGACCCGAAUAAUCGCCCAGCACAUGGUGAGCUUGCUGGUGGACACCGAGGCCAACACGACGAGGUUCUUCGUGCCGCCGUUCAGGGUGGAAUUGCCAAAUAUGAUCAGCGUGUAUAACACAGUUCAGCUGGGCCCGGACACCGUCGUGCCCCCAAUCGACAAGUCUUUCUCGCUCAACUACGCCGUCAUCGGACACAGCGUCGUAGAGCAGGUGAGCCAACUGUUCCUGCGCGGUCCAGAGAUCUUCAACGAGACAGGGUACUAUGACAGGGUCUGGUCUUCAGGUUACAUCAAUGCGCUGAGGAGGAGGUACCAGUGUCUUCGGCGACUGCACGUAGAGCAAAGGUGGUACAGCGGCAGUAUACCGAGGCGCGUCUUGGAGGCCGCUGUCACGGCUGAGAUUCUGUUCGAUGCUUACAAGGGUUUCCGCCAGAUGCCGCAAAAUGCGGCACACUUCCGCCACGAGGCGGAUCAGUUCGGCCUGACACCCGAGCAGCUCUUCUUCGUGGGCCUCUGCAUAAAUUGGUAUCAGCGGAGCGUCGAGCAGCGCGGCCUGGCCGACCGCGUGUGCCGCUUCGCGCUGCCCACUCUGCGCGCCUUCGGCGACGCCUUCGGCUGCGCGAAGGCGCCGUCAUCCUCCAGCUGGGACGAAUGCGGCCACUAGAUUCGACGGGUGAUGCAUUGUUCCGCGUCGCGGGCGUUGCCUGUGGCGUGAACAGAACAGGUCCCUGCACCAUACAGGGUCGCGGGAUUCCGACCAGGCCAAUCACUUACGAUGGUUUGGCUUCUGUGGAAAAUGACCUUCCGCGGAAGCAGACAUACAGAAAGAAAAGAAGAAAGGAAGAACUACAAUUGCAAGAAAGCAUUCAUAAUAUGUUCACUAGCGCAAAUUGUUUCUUUGUUCAUGAAUUGUCCUUGUUUCGCAAAAAAGGAAAUUUUGUUGAGAAAAUGUUGAAAUGUCAUUGGUCGAUGUUGCAUAAUGUAUUGACAACACAUUGUGCAUUUUUUGAAAUGCCAUUCAGGUAAGUAUUGAAACCUCUUGAAUCUUGGCCACUCAAAUUCUAUUGAAAAUCCAUUGUGCGAUAGUUCCGUUGAAUAUUUCUUGAGCCGCCAUUGACGUGGUAUUAAAAGCACGUACUUUUUU